AUGAGCAAACUUGCAGGAUCAUCAAACUUACCUGGAAAUGAUGGUUUCCUUGACCAGUUCAAGGUCGAUGACCACAAAACUACAAUGACGACUGACUCCGGUACCCUCGUUAACGAUUUUCGAUCCCUCAAAGCUGGCGAAAGGGGACCCACCUUACUCGAAGAUUUUGUUUUCCGUAAUAAGAUUACCCGUUUCGACCAUGAGCGUAUUCCGGAGAGAGUCGUUCACGCUCGUGGGGCCGGUGCUCACGGUUACUUUGAAUCGUAUGGAAACUGGUCUGACCUUACCGCCGCGUCGUUCUUGAGUGAAAAGGGAAAACGGACGCCGAUGUUCGUCAGAUUUUCCACAGUCGCAGGAUCCCGUGGCUCUGCUGAUACUGUCCGUGAUGUGCAUGGUUUUGCUCUUCGGUUUUACACUGAGGAAGGAAUUUUUGACAUUGUCGGCAAUAAUAUUCCAGUUUUCUUCAUUCAGGACGCUAUUCAAUUCCCGGAUCUCAUUCAUGCAGUUAAACCCGAGCCUGAUAGCGAAAUGCCUCAAGGAGCUACAGCUCACGACACCGCAUACGACUUCUUCUCUCAAAACCCCUCUUCCCUUCAUACCCUGUUGUGGGCAAUGUCAGGACAUGGAAUCCCUCGUUCUUAUCGUCACAUCGAUGGAUUCGGCGUGCACACGUUCCGGAUGGUGAACGCCAAUGGUGAAACCAAGCUCGUGAAAUUCCAUUAUAAAACGAAGCAGGGUCGAGCCAGCCUUAUCUGGCCUGAAGCACAAGUUAUUGCCGGUCAAAACAUCGACUUCCAUCGCCAAGAUUUGUGGGAGUCGAUCGAGGCUGAAGCAUACCCGGAAUAUGAGUUCUGUGUUCAGAUCAUGAACGAGGAAGAUGUAACGAAGUAUGGGAUUGACGUGCUGGAUUCGACAAAAAUAAUUCCCGAGGACAAAGUACCGUUGACACCGCUCGGAAAAUUUGUAUUGAAUAGGAACCCGACGAACUUCUUCGCCGAAACAGAGCAGGUUAUGUACUGUGUUAGCCAUGUCGUCCGCGGUAUUGAAUUCACAGAGGAUCCACUUCUCCAGGGCCGUCUGUUCUCCUACUUCGACACACAGCUCAACCGAAACAUGGGCAGCCCCAACUUUGAACAAAUCCCUAUUAACCGUCCCCGCAAUGUCGUCCACAACAACCAUCGCGAUGGUGCCAUGCAGCAGUUCAUUCCCACCAACAAAUACGCAUAUUCGCUAAAUUCCCUCGGUGAUGGCUACCCUAAACCUGCUGAGCCCCGUGCCAACGGCUUCAUGCACGCAGCUACUCGACGCGUCGUAGACGCACGGUAUCCUCGACUAUUCUACAAUUCCCUCCUCCCUGCUGAACAACAAAUGGUAGUAAACGGUUUCCGGUUCGAGGUCUCGAAGGUCAAUUCCCUCGACGUCAGAAGGAGGUUCAUUACCGAGCUAAAUAGAGUCAGUAAUGAUCUUGCUCGGCGAGUAGCUAAGGCCGUGAACGUUCCCCUUCCCGAACCGGAUUCCAAGUACUACCACGAUAACAAAGCCCCUGAUCUUUCGGUUCUAGCGGAGCCUCUGAAAACCAUCGCGGGUUUGCGUGUGGGCAUUUUGGCUAGUAUGAAAUCUCCCUCCUCCAUCGAACAGGCAAACGCACUUGCGAAGGAGUUCACUAAAAAAGGUGCCGUUGGGUUGGUCGUCGCUGAGAGUGUGAUGGACGGAGUGAAUGCUUCUUACCUUGCCUCCGAUGCGGUUCUUUUCGAUGGGAUUGUCGUUGUGGAAGGUACAGAGAAGCUUUUCGAUCCGGAAAAAUCUGCCUCUAGUCCACUUUUCCCGCCCCAGCGUCCUUUGAAGAUCCUUCAGGACGCGUUCUUUUAUGGGAAGCCUGUCGGGGCGAUUGGAAAUGGUCGGGGUGCGUUUGAGGCUGCGACGCCUAAGCUUGCGUCUGAGAAUCCGGGGGUGUUUGUUGCGAAAGAGGUUGGAACAAACUUUAUGGAAGCUUUUGAGGUAGGGUUGAAGAAGUUCAAGUUUGAGGACAGAUUCCCUAUGGAUUGA